AUGGAAACAUUAAAAGACUUUAAGCUUGAAGUCUCCUACUAUCCUGGCAAAGCCAAUGUUGUAGCCGAUGCGUUGAGCCACAAGAAAAUCGUAAAAUUUACAGCCCCACUGAUGAUAAGAGAGUGGAAUAUGGUGAAGUUCAUGCGAGAUUUCGAACAGAGACUGACAAUGGAAGAGCCAUUCGAGAACGUUGCGCACCUCCAUGUACAGUCAUUAAUCGAUAAUCAAAUCAAUGAGGCUCAGAAAGAAGGUGAGCUCUUAUUGAGGAUGAAAGAACGAUCAGGUGACGGUGAAGAAACAGAAUGCAGGAUCGGCUUGGAUGGAGGCUUGCGAUAUCGUGGCCACCUAUGCGUCCCGAACCUUCACAAUCUGAGGAGAGAAGUUCUACACGCUGCUCACAGUUCCGAGUUAGCGAUGCACCCGGGUAGUACGAAUAUGUAUCGGGACAUGAAACGUUCAUACUAG